UUUAUCAGCACUUCAUCUUCAUAUUUCAGUUGGAAAAUUAAAGUUCUCCUUAUUGGAGGUGUUGUGUCGGUGACACUUCGUCGCAGGUCGAUUUUUUACCUCAUUUUAUACAAUUUUGUUCAUUUAUUUUCAACAAUAAAUAAAUAUUUAUUUUGUUGUAUUUUCUUAUCUUUAAAUACGUUCUACUCGUGGUGUUUAUUAUAUUUGCUUUUGUGAUUUAUUUUCUUUAAAAACGAAGAAAUCUUGGAGAAAGAAAUCCCAAAAUAGAAAUUAAUCAAAACAAUAAUUACUUUUGUUUUGUGUGAUUAAAGAAGCUCUACGAUGCAGGCAAUUAUGCACAUGUCACUGAUUUUUUAAGGUUUUUAAUUUGUUUAUCAAGUUUCAACACAAUUUAAGAAAAAAAAAAAAAACACUUGAAAAAGAUGUGGUUCACAAUUAAGUCACUUAAUAGAGGAAUAAUUCUAUGGUUAUGCAUUUGUUGUACUAUAAUCGAAAAUGUAGUACCCGAAGAAGACACUCAACCCGAGCAACAACCUGAACAAAAAGAACCUCAAUCGCCAUCAUCUACCUCAUCAUCAACACAAAAUCCCAUCGACAAGGCAGACGAUUUUAGAAAAGCCUGUUUCUAUGCCGAACCAGAUCUAUGCCAGCAAUAUGACAAUGAGACUUCGGCAGAUUCAUGUCCAUGUCGCCUCCAUCCCGAAAUGCCAAAUUCAUGGGUCUGCUGUAACGUAACUGAUUUCUAUGCGUUUUCAUCGUCAUGCAAAAGCAAUGGUUGGGUCAAUCUGCAUAUGCGAAAUGCGACUCUUAAAUGGAUUGAUAUAUCACACUCGACUUUCCAAAAGCUCACCUCAUUGUCAAUUACUGAUGGUAAUAUUCCAAAAAUUACCAACGCAAUGUCUCGUGCCUCAUACGUGAAAUGUCUUAAUGUUUCAAAUAACAAUUUGUCGGAAAUAAAUUCACGUGCCUUUAUAAGCUUGCAAAACUUUCAAGUGCUCGACAUUUCGAGUAAUAAUCUGUCGUUGAUUCCAAAAUUGAAUUCUCAUCAUAAUUUAACUGUGGAUAUAAGUAACAACAAACGAUUAUUAUGUAAUUCUUUGCUUGACUCAAUUGUUCGUGGUUCUUUUAAAUUUGUUGGACCUGAUACAACUUAUUGUCUAUGGAAUCAAACAUACAAUUGGUUUAAUUCUACAGAUUAUAUGCCCAUUCGACAGCUAGAACGUUGGAAAAGAUUACAUUCAGAAUGUCCAAAGAUACCUGGCUAUGGUAAUUGUACAUGUGACGCUGAACAAAUGGCUUUUUCGACGAAAAAUGACGAGCCUCAUCUCCUAUUCACUGCUAAAGUUGACUGCUCAAACUUGGGUUUGAUAGAAUUGCCACCAAAUUUACCCGAUAAUACAAUAUCUUUGAAUGUUUCAAAUAACAAUAUAACAAGUAUUGGUCAUCAUUUUCAUUCGAAUCCAACGUACAGAAAUAUUAACAAGUUUGACGCUGAUCAAAACCAAAUAUCAUCUAUGUACGAACUAGAGGGAACAAAGUUUAUGGAAGUUUUUCAAAAGUUUUACUUAAGAAAGAAUGCAAUUAAUAAGAUUCCCGAAUAUCUACUGUCUAAUGCUUUGGAAAAUAAUCCAAACGGUCGUGCAAUAUACCUUGGUGGCAAUGAAAUAAAUUGUGAUUGCAAUUCGGCAAAAGUGCUUAAACUUUGGCUCUUGGCUCGACAUGCAAAUAUUCCAGAUUACAAUUAUAUUCUCUGUCGUAAUAUGAAACAGCGAGUAAUUGAUUUACAAGAAAUCAAACUUUGCCAAUCUCCGCAUGAUUGGACAGACUAUAUUUACUAUCUCAUAACCUUGGAAGUUAUUUUACUUGUCGCUCUUAUCAUGAAAGUAUCAUAUGAUUAUUGGGUUUUCAAAACAGCCGGUUAUUUGCCAUGGCCAGCAAGUAAAAUGCCCAAACUUCCAUGUGAUUGGCUUUGUGAAUCGUAAAUUUAAACAUAACAUAAUUAAAUAUCUUAGAUGUAUGUCCUCGAAAUUGUGAUGUUAACUGACAAGUGCCUUUUGAAAUAUAUUGUUGUAGUUUUUAAGUAAAUGUUUUUUAGACUGUGUAACAAUUUAAGUGUCAAAUAUUUGUUAUUGGUAUAAGAAAUACAUAUUUAUAUUUAUUGGUAUAUACAAUUA